AUGUCAAAGACAAAGAAAUGGACAGUUCAAGAAGGAAAACCUCAAGAACCAAAAUGGUUUACUCAUAACGGUUACUCAAACACAAACCCAACUAAGGUUAAAAAGAAUGGAGCUGGAAAAAAUAAUUGGGGCCAACCAGGUGAUGAGUUGAAUAAGGAAGACUAUCAUAUGUUCAAAUCCGGCGAAGGAAGAAGAAAUUCAAACCAUGACAUGAAUGAGGACAAAUUGAAUGAAUUGAAUGAUUUGUUGGAUAAGAAGUUUAUUAAAUAG